GUCAACGUGUUGUGUGAGAGUGCACGUUUGCAGGGGGAGUUCCUCUCUUCAAUCCCACCUGGAGCAGAAGGCCCUUCGCUAUCACAUGACUGCAUGUGUGCGUACGCGCCGUAGAUGCCAGUGAACAUGGCGGAUGAGAACGCAGAAGCGGAGCUCGACUGGAGCGGCCGACAGAGCCUGCUGCUCGACGAGGACACAUUUUUCGCUAUGGAGGGUCUGCAAGCCACCUUUCAGCAACUCGAAGCCGAGCUUCGGCAGCAAGACGUUUCUGAAGAAUCUUCCACGGAGUAUUGCAAUAACUUCUGCCAGGCUUUAAUGCAUUACGCUGGGAGCAGGAAUUCAGUGGAACAUGGAUUACCUCUUUUGGAGGUCUACUGUCUUUCAAUCAACUGUUUUGCUGCUGCUCGGCCACAUCUCACAGGCGACUCUCCCAAUGUUGCCCUUGUGCUCAAAAGACUUGCAUUGAGUUGCCUUGAAUUGCUGUUAUCAGUGCCUCAAAAUGAAAUACCUUUGGAAGCAUGGCUGCAGUUCCAUGGUUCUGUUCAGGCGGCCCAUGAGGCCAUGCUGCAGUAUGGCAGUACAGAUUUGCAUGCCCUGCUGAACAUUACAGGUGAAGGUGGAGCUUGGAAUAAUCCUGUCCUGGUUUCACUUCUUACCGGCCAGUCAACAGAUCCAGAAGAAGUGAAUGCCUAUCUUGCUUUGGAGGGAGAAGGUUUCAUGGAAAUGCGUAUCAAACACCUGGAGAAAGUAGGGGAGGUAGAGAAAGCGCUGAUCCUCAACAAAGCCUGUGCUAACUGUAGCCUCCUGCCUAACCAAUCUACUUUUCGCCAAACCUUUGUCACCCAACUGUGCCAGCUGCUGCCUAGUGAGGAAGCUAUUUUAGAGAUUUCUAGAAUAGAUGCAAAAGAUGUCCUGGACAUUAUUUGCAACAUGGAUGCUGAGGGCGAAGAGAGCACAGCUUUCAUCCUGUGCACCACGUAUUUUACACAGCAGCUACAGCAAGACAACCUGGACUGUUCCUGGGAGUUAACCCUCCUUUGGAGUAAACUGCAAAGAAGAAUUGAUGUGUCCCUCGAAUCAUUUAUUGAACGGUGCCUCCAGUUUGCAGCCAUUGCCAGGACUAUCUACCAUCUUCUAUUCCUCAUUCGUGUAAUUCAGACAGAGGCAAUGCAGCUUGGCCUAGCAGUUUCAGUUGAACUGUGUGUGAAGGCUCUUCGGCUUCCAAAUCAAGAUGUAGACGCGAAAACAAUGGUCUGCAAAGCUGUUGCCUGUCUCCUCCCUGACGAUCUGGAGGUUAUACGGGCUAGUCAGCUCACAGAAUUCCUCUUAUGUCCUGCUCAGGAAGCCUUUGAUGUCCUUGAGGAGCUCUACACACGUCCUGAUCAAAAAUAUGAUGAGGAAAAUGCAAUUAUUCCAAAUUCCCUGCGUUGCGAGCUGCUACUUUCUCUGAAAGCACAUUGGCCCAUUGAUCCUGAAUUCUGGGACUGGAAGACAUUGAAGCGCUACUGCAGUCAGUUACUGGGGCUGGAACCGGAGGAAGAAGUAGAAGAUGAAGCAGUACCAGAGGAGCUGUGUAAUGCUGGAGCAGUUCUGAAUGAAGAGGCUGAGAAGGAGGAAGAAGGUGAAAGUGAAAUUAAUGUAUUUAGCAGCACUGAACAAGAGCAAACAGUGGAAAAAACAGAAACCGAAACGGGCCAAAAAGUCUUAAAGAAAAAAGACUUGGAGGAUGUCUCUAAGAGAUCCGACAAGCAAGAGAAGAAUAAAUUUGUCUGUCAGAUAUGCCAUAAAGAAGUGGUUGAGACACGAAUCUGUCACCAUGCCAGAAAACACAUGGAAGAUGAUGUGUGGACAUGCCCUGUGUGUCUACAGAAGUUUAAAAGUAAAAAGGAGUUUGAGCCACACUCUAAAACACACAUUCAGAUUCCUGCAGAGGGUCACUGGAAAAAGAAAAAAGUGAAGAAGAAGGUGGACCCGAAACAAUAUUUCAAGGAGGAUAGUUUUGAUGAGUUAGAGCCGGGUCAAAUUCCUUUAGACCCCUCUCUAGCCAUGUACUAUCAGUCCACCCACGACCCUGUUGUAUUAGAACAUAUAUUAGAGAAAGCCGCCAGUGUGCCUGAUAAGCAAGUAGAAAAUGACUAUAUUACAUUUGACUCCAUUAAAACACACUAUAAGUUACAGAAUCGUGACGUUUACCAGUGUCCAGCCAGUAACUGCUCAAGAAAUUUUAAACUUUUCAAAUAUUUGGGUGUGCACAUCAAAAAUGAACAUGAUAGUGAAGAUCCCAACCUGAAACAUUAUCUGGAGAUGAAAGACCGUCGGGAGAAGUGCACUUUCUGCCGGAAGACCUUCAUGACUGCCUUUCACCAUCGCCAGCACCGUUGGCUCCAUUAUGGAGAUCAUCCCUUCAUGUGUGUGGUCACAGGAUGCGGUGCCCGUUUUGACACCACCAAUGAACUUAUAGCACAUAAGCAUAGUCAUGGAUUCCGUUUGUCCUACGGCUGUGAGCUGAAAGGCUGCAGUUUCUCCUAUUGUGACCUUGGGCAGCUCUACCACCAUGAGGCGCAGCACUUCCGCGAUGCUGCUUACACUUGCACCAGUCCAGGGUGCAAGAACUUUUUCUACUCCCGCAAAGAAUUUCUUCAGCACUUGGCAACCCAUGACAUCACCUUUACAGAAAAAGACUUUGAGACACAGAGAAAAAUGAAAAGGAAACACUUGCUCCCAGUUGUGGAAAGCUCUGGGUCAAAGGCGGAAGUAGAGAAUGGUGUCCAAAAAGGUUCAGGUUCUUCACAGCUGUUGGUCAACAGGGAAUCUAAGGUCUCGUUGACAUGUGUUGCUGUCUGCUUUGAUGGUAGGAAGUUUACGUGUGGCUUAAAAAGGUGUGGAAGGACAUUCACUACUGCAAGAGAACUUCAGAAGCACUUGAGAAUUGCUCAUCCAGACGAAUUUAAUGAGGAGGAUAAAUUAUGCAAGAAGAAAGUACAAGCAAAGCAUUCUAAGACUCAAGCCAAUGAAUUGCAUAAAAGUAGUCAGGAUAACACUCUAAGAAGGUCAUCAACGGAGGAAUCUAUUCACGAAAAAGCUCCCUCACCUGCUCCCGAGUCCACAGACUGUGACACAACCCCUUCAAGCGUGGAACUUGGUGCAGCACUAACCGAGAUCAUGCUUGGAUUGAGUCAACUAAGCCUUAAUUCUCCCAGCACCAGAUAUGCUACGCGUAAUUCACAGAGCACUUGCACGCCUACCUUGAAAGCAAGGUCACCUGCCAAAGCAGCGAACAACAAAAAUGAGGUGAGAUCUCAUGUAUCGAGUAUUGAUUCAAAGAAACUGCCAAGCAAGCCAGAAUCACCACAAACACGUGACAACAAUAAAGACCCUGAGAUGGAGCAACUGCAAAGCAAGCCCUCAACCAAGCCUUACACCUGCGAAGCCAAAAGCUGCCACUACCAGAGCGUUACCAGUAGUGCUUUAAUGCAGCACUACAUUAAGAUUCAUGGCUACUCUGAGGAAAAGGUUAAACAGAUGGAGGUGUUUCAGUCUCAAACAUUCAAGCCUUCCAAAAUGCCUGACAGCACUGAAAAUUCUGUCUUGCAGGACGAUCAACCACAUAGCGAGUUCCUUGUGCAGGCCACAACGAAACCUUACACCUGCGAAGCUAAAAGUUGCCGCUACCAGAGUGUUACUAGUCGUGCUUUAAUGCAGCACUAUAUGAAGGUUCAUGCUUACUCUGAGGAAGAGGUGAAAGAGAUGGAGGUGUUUCAGUCUCAAAUAUUCAAGCCUUUCAAGUGCCAUCUCUGCUCCAAGAGCUACAGAAACAAAAAAGAAUUGAGGAUCCACUAUAUACAUAUGCACCACAUAAAUAAAGCUGUUGUUGAACAGAUGAGCUGCUCUUUUAAAAGAAAGCUAGUUGAUAAAGCACCCGUGGUGUCAUCAUCUAAGGUGAGGACCAGGAAGAAGUCACAGUCUUUGAAGAUGGAUGAUGUUAAAACCCAAAGACGAGAAAAACACCUGUGGCAACAAAAAUGCCAGAAACAAGAUUAUCGGUUGUGGAAGCGCAAGCUUUAUAGAAAAAAUGGACAAGCUAAAGCUGAAGAGAAGAGCCAAGUCCCUUCUGAAACUGAUGCGCAUGUAAACCACUCAAGUGUUGAUGUAAGGGGAAGUCGCCGCUUGGUUGCUAAAGGGAAUCUGAGCUACAUCCUCCAUAAAUACAAUAAACCCUUUCAUUGCGUGCAUAAAAACUGCAGUGCUGCCUUCAAUACUCAGAAUGCUCUUGUUGGCCACCUUCAGUUGGUGCAUCACUAUAACCGCUCCCAGUUGUGCUUCCCAUGUGAACACAAAGGAUGUGAUAAGCAGUUUAACAACUUGUCUAGUCUUACUAAGCAUUACCGUAGAGAGCACAACAAGAAAAUUACAUCGAAAAUGCCUUGCAAGUCUAAGCACAUACCAAAAAGACAGAUGGCUUCAUCAGAGGAGCCCAUACCGAGGUUCAAGUGUACCUAUGCUAACUGCAAUGAGUCCUACCAUCUCAACAGCAGCCUCUUGCGUCACACAAGUCAGUUUCACCAGAACCAGACUCCCCUGAAUCCAGUUGCUACAUCUGUGAACAGCGAGUUUAAAUCAAGCUAUAAAAAGCAUGUUUUCUAUAGGCACUGCGAUCCAUCCGAUUCCCUUGUGGUGCGUCUCCAGAGUACACCUAAAAAAGAUGAGACAAAUAGUGGAUGCCAAACAAAGUUAAUCAUCUCACCUUCUUCCCAGUCAUCGAAAGAUUCCCAAAAGCUGCCUCUUAAGCAGCCUUUGAGGUGCUGCCUCAAAGAUCAGGAAAUUUCUCGCUCUGACAAGAACUUUGAGUCAAUUGAAGAAACCCCAGAGGAGGAGCUGGAAGAAGUACCUAAGAAACCAAAAAUCAAACUAAAAAAAGGAUUUGACAGGAUUGUCUUCCGAACGCAUGAGGAGGCUUUACAGAUGUGCCAGGACCGCUGCCUUCCUGUGGCCUUCCCUUGCAUGAUACAGAAUUGUGACUCCGUAGUCAUGAGCAUGCGUAGUUUAAAUCGACAUUAUAUUAGCGUUCACAAAGUUAGACGCAAACAGUUGACUGACAAUAAGGACAAAUUGUGUUACACAGCUGAAAAGUUAGAGGAGAUAAUACAAAAGAAAUCCGCUGUGUCUGCUAUCCCUGAUUUAACAAGAAUUCCAAAUGGCGUCCUUAAAAUGGAGUAUCAGUCCGAGCCUGCAACCCCAGGUGGCCCGUCACUGCCAAUGAGCCUCCAUUCGAUCAAAACUGAAUCAAAGGGGCAGGAAGUGAUCGAGUUUUCAGAGGAGCCACUCCCCGACAGAAGUUUGCUUAUUGCUGCUGAGGAUUUGCUCUAUGGCUCCCCAAAGUCAAGCGGGCAUCCCGAAGAGUCUGUUUCCGAGGAGAGUCCAAGGCACAAAGACAGGUCAGAGUCGGAGUUAACCACACCUCCCCUUAUACGCCCUCCACCGCUUGACCUCUCUCCACCAUCUACUCUCAGAAUUGCUGUUGAUGAAAGUUCAUUUGAACCCUCUGGUAAAGACAGUAAAUCUAUUAACAUUCCUUCUACUGUUUCCAUAUCAGUUCCCACCCCAACUCGGCAGCCCCUCAGACGGAAGAAUGAACUCUCUGAACCACCACCUCCAGUCCCUCUUUUACCAAUCUCAAAGGAUCCUGUAACUCACAGUCUUGCCCCACGAGCUUUUGACAUCGCAACUUACAAACCUAUGGGCUUUGAGUCGUCAUUCUUGAAGUUCAUUAAAGAGAAGGAGGAUAUCAAACUUGAAAAUCCGUGGACUGCAGUAGUUACUAAGCCUGAUCCUCCUCGACGCCGUGAUUGUUUCCGACGAAACUGCUCGGUUAAGGAGAAUACUCAGAGAGGAGCCCAAAUCUCCCGAAGCCGCAAGUUUCGCUCAUCCCCUCUGAGGCACUUGAUCUCUAAAGGAGAGUGUACCUCUAUCCAGAAUCUCCGUCUGAUUUUGGAAAGAGCUUUAGGGGGCUGUGGGGACCAAGCUAUAAAACAGCUUCAGUUCUUGAAGCCUGUGGUGGUUCUAGAGAGGCCAAAGUCCUUUGCCUCCAUUCUCGAUCUCUUACCCUCUGAAACUAAAGCAUAAGCUUCCGCUGGGCGCCAAGGCAGUUAAAACUUGCCCACUUUUUUUAUUUGAGAGACUUUCAUAGUAUUUUUUUAUAUCAUUGAUACAAUUUUGGUUCUUUGAUGCCAGGGUUAGGUACCUUGAUUGUGAAGUUGUGAAUGUUUAUAUCUGUAAAUAAGGUCAAAUAAAACAGAAUGACAAAUGA